CAGAAGACACACCACCUGCAAUGCACGUCGGGAAAUCCAGUCCACAGGAUCUUUGAUAAAAUUCAAGUCGCCUGGUGUUAAACUACAAUGCGCAAAUCCCGGAUUUGUGGACACACACAUAAAAAUAAUAUUACCAGUGAGGCCUAUAAAAUAUUUACGUGUAUUCAUUGGGACAUAAAUUGCAAUUUUCAGGAAAACGAUAACCAUGGAUAAAGGCACUAGUAACGGGACGCAGAGUAAGAAGGCGCUGCUGUCGGACCCCCAGCUCUUUGACACCCAGUUUGAUGAGCUGGUGACAGAGCUUACUGAGAGGGACAUCGCUGACCCCGCACUCACCGAUGCACUCAACAGGUUAAGAGAGGUUUUGCUGUACAAUGCUCCAGGAGGAAAAAAGAACCGAGGGCUGUCUGUGAUUGGUUCAUUACGUGAGCUUGUCCCGCCCACUAAGCUGACCCAGGAUGCAGUCCAGCGGGCGUUGCUGGUUGGCUGGUGCAUUGAACUUCUUCAGGCUUUUUUCCUGGUGGCUGAUGAUAUCAUGGAUGCCUCUGUGACACGGAGGGGACAGCCUUGCUGGUACAAGAAGGAGGGAGUAGGUCUGGAAGCCAUCAAUGACUCAUUCCUCUUGGAAGCGGCCAUCUACAGACUUCUGCGGAGACACUGCAGAGAGCAGCCCUACUAUCUGCACCUGCUUGAGCUUUUCAUGGAGACAUCCUUCCAGACGGAGCUGGGCCAAGCUCUCGACCUCAUGACGGCCCCCCCUGGUCAGAUCAACCUCAGCAGGUUCACCAUGGAGAGGUACAAGGCUAUUGUAAAGUACAAGACCGCUUUUUACUCAUUUUACCUCCCAGUGGCAGCAGCUAUGUACAUGGCUGGAAUCAACAGUGAAGUGGAACACAAUAACGCAAAGCACAUCUUGUUAGAAAUGGGAGAAUUCUUUCAGAUACAGGACGACUAUCUGGACUGUUAUGGCGACCCCGCUGUCACAGGGAAGAUCGGCACAGACAUCCAAGACAACAAGUGCAGCUGGUUAGUCGUUACCGCCCUCGGGGUCAUGACCCCGGAGCAGAGGGCUGAGUUGGAGGCUUGUUAUGCACGCCACGACGAGGCAAGUGUGCAAAGGGUCAAGGCUCUGUACAGCACGCUGCAGAUGGAAGAUCUGUACCACCGUCAUGAGGAGGACAGCUACCGACGGCUGCAGGAGCUCAUUGCACGCCACGCACAGAAUCUCCCACAUUCAGUGUUCCUCAAUUUUGCCAAGAAAAUCUACAAAAGAAACAAAUAAUCUGAGAGAAUUGGAUCUUACAUUUUUGUAAAAAUUGUGUUUGAUUGUAAAUGUAAAUAGCAUGUUUCCUCUGACAGUUUUGGGUUUUUGUUCAGUAGGGCUGGUUUCAGUUUAGGGACCAAUAAUUAAGCAGCUUUUGGAUCCAGAAAAUAGAGUUGAUCCUGGCAUUUAAUUUUGUAAAGGAAAGGACCCUGCAUAAAUACGAGAGACGUCAAGGCAGAGUUUCUUGUGUGUGUCCUUUCCGCUGCAUAUUUAUUGACCUAAUAUACAGUGCACAGUAUAUAACUUCAUCUCUUUACUCCAGAAUCCCAUGGAUUUGUUAAGAAGCAAAGUCACGUGACUCUCUGUGAUGGAAUUUGCUGUGAUAUCAGCCAUCCGAUGCAGAGUACAUUAUGUCAUAAACAAGGCUUCCAUUUAUGCCCAGAGUAACCAGGCUCAUUUAUCAUUGAACAGCUUUACACGGGAAGGCAAUACAAUGAAUAAUUGUUGUUAAAAAAUAAUAAACAGCUCAUCACGUGUUGAAUGUACUUAGAAAUAGUAGUCAUGAAAUUGAUUUGUAUCAGUAUUUUUUUUUUUGUAAAACAGUCAGACCAAGCCCAUUGAAAUAUAUUCUUAAACCUCA